AAAAAACGUUGGCAUGAGAUUAACAACUAGAAUAAUGGGAUUACACUUGAUGAUAACCUGACUGAUUCGAAACUGAGCAAAUGUUAGCAGCCUUAUCUUCAGCCAUUCAAGGUUUGAAGCUGAACCUUUACGACGAAGCUUGAACUAUGAUGCAUUUUGAGCUUUUUUUCCAAGACAAAAGAUUAUCAACCAUCUGACCGAUUUGAACCACUUGAACCACAAUUCGACCUCGAGUCAAGGAUUCUAUUUGAACCAUUUCAUAAGUAGGACCAAUUCUCGCGAUAAAAGAAGUAGUUCACUAUUUUCUCUAAAUACACCAAUGACAUCUGUGAUAAUACAAAAACUCAAAAAAGCUCAGCAACAAGGAAAACAAGAUAAUCGGACUAUACAGAGGUCGGUCGGACGAAAUAUCAGUGAAUUGGAAAGAGAAGAAAAAGAUUUGGAAGAUUUAAUAAGAAGCGCUGCCAGGCAAAACGACAGAGGAGCUUGUGCUAUGUUAGCACAAGAGUUAACUAAGAUUCGUGCUUUAAAGUCUAGAAACUCUCGUUUUGCAGACCACAUGAACAUUGUGCAGAAAAAACAAACAACUUCGCUGUACGCAGCCAAAUAUGGAGAAUCACUUGAAGCGGCUGCAACCACCAUGAAGAAUUUCAACAAGGUUAUGGACAAAACGAAGGUCCCUGAUCAACUUAAACAGUUCGAUAGGGAAGAAUUAAAAAUGGAUAUGUCUGAAGAUACCUUAGACACCAUGCUAUCUUCACUAUGCGAAUCUGAAGAGGAGGACGUUGAUGAGUACAUAACAAAAAUUUUAAGUGAACCACAAAGUCACGUACCUGAUGUGUGGCCCUCUGUUCCUGAUACAACUUUAGGAAAGUCCAGUUCCAUCUCCAGAAAAUUCCGUGACAACAUAGUUUAAUAACAUUUGUGCAAGUAUACACACUUUUUGGUCCCUCUAAGCAAAAGCGUUCCAAAAAUGCAUCUACAACUGUGUACUCCUUUGAAACGAACUUCAGAAGAUUCUUGUCUUCCUUACAAUUAAAGUUUUGACUUUAUGAUUCAAAAUAAUAAACGAAAUUUCAAUAUAAA